AUGGCUCAGGCAGGCAACGACGACCCGCCCACCAUCGCAGAGAAGCUCGUCGCCCUCUCCAAGGCGCAAGAGAAGGGAAACGAGAUCGCCCUCAUGGGCAGCGACGGUGCCCGGCCCGAGUACGCCAUCCUCGCGGAGCGCGCCGCUGAGCUGACGACGGAGGAUCAGCCCAAGACGGCGGCUCGCCAGCUCUCCGCCCUCGAAGAUGAGGGCGGAGAGCUCACCAACGCGUGGCUUGAGGACGUCCUGACCCAGCUCCGCGACAUCGAGGAGCCCGAGGGAGGUUGGAAGGUGACAUCUGACGGGGUCGAUUGGACCGGCAGCUGGGCGAAGGGCCAGCUUCGCCAGCUGAUCAAGCAACUCCGCAACCUCGCCGAGGCGGAGGAGAAGGCGCGGGCCCUGCUGGUCUCUUCCUCGACGACGCUCCCGCAGACGCCAACCGAGGUGAGCGGAGGCAGGGCGCCGGCUGCCCCGAUGCCCGCUCCAUCCCGUACAAAGGAGGAGAAGGACCUCGAGAAGUUCGCCUCCGCGCGGGUCUGGUGGCAGGCCCAGCGGGCGGCUCCCCGCGACGCCUACCACCUCCCGUCCAAGGAUAUGGUAGUCGCCUUCUCGCCGUAUGACAACGGCGAGGCUCCGCCGCCCCUUCCGCAGCUCUCCAAGGUGGUGGCGGCGGGGCGGCAGCAAGAGGUCGCCAAGGGGCGCGAAUCGCCACUGGGAGACCUCAUCAGUGCCCUCCUCGCGCUGGCCAUCGCAUACGCGGGCCCGCUGCCGGCGAACGCCACACUCGCCGACUGCGACGAGGCGACCCUCGACGUGAUGGACACGAGCACGGGCGAGACGGAGAAGCGUGCCCCGGCGCUGAACUCGUCGAUUGCGGACCUUGCGGUAGACCGCGUCGUCGCUGCGCUCGGGCCUCUGGCCCCGAGCCAGCAGGAGGAGUAUGCGAGGUCCAUCUGGAAUGAGCUGAUCGCGCAGCAUUCGGCGCGGCGCGGAAGCCUGACGGCGGCGCUAGUCGCCACGAUGGCUUCCGCCGAGCUCAUCGCGGCUCGCAAGGACAAGCGAAAGGCGCCUGCGCCGCCGAAGAAGGACGUGGCGCAAGCCGCGAAGGAGCCCACCGCGAGCAAGGGGGGGAAGAAGCCCCGCCAGCCAUCGUGGGAGGGUUUGCCCAUCUGCCCCGCCUGGAAGAAGGACGGCGCGUGCCACGCGUACCGGCAGCGCAGGUGCAACGAGUACCGCCACCCGCCCGAGAUGAAGAAGAAGACGGCGGAGCGCUCGGAGGCGCCCGCGGCUAACGAAGAGUAG